CGCCAAUAAAUAAACGUAGAAGAAGAAGCACGUGAGCAGAGAAUCAUGGCGUCGUCUCGUAAUGUCGCUCGUGUUUAUCUCCUGGUGGGACGGACAGUAACUCGUACUUUGUCAACACAACACAGACAAACUACCAACUUGCCAGCGAGGAGAUUGUUCGCCACGUCGACCAAAAACAGUCUGCAGUUCCGCCUGGAUGAGAGGACGGCUCACAGCAGUUUGGACAUCUUCAAGAAAGACACUGGCGUCAUCUACCGCAUGCUGGGCCUGGACCCCAGCCACGUGCAAACCAACCCUGAACGUUUCCGAGACUGGGCAGUCGUGUUCGGCGACGGGAAAAUCAGCAGCGGGCGCCACUACUGGGAGGUGACGGUCAAAAAAUCUCAGGAGUUUCGCGUAGGCGUGGCCGAAGAGCUCAUGUCCCGUGACGACUGCGUGGGCACGAGCAGCUCCUCGUGGGUGUUCGGCUACGCCCAGCGCAAGUGGUUCACAAUGACCAACAAUAAGAUUGUUCCAGUGUCCCUGGUAGGCAAGCCCGACCGUGUGGGCAUUCUGCUGGACUUUGAGGCGGGGCUUCUGGGGCUGGUGGACCCUGAGAGACCCAGGAUCAUUCACGCAAUGAGUAGUCAAUUUAAGACGCCGCUCUGCCCAGCUUUUGGACUUUGGGAUGGGGAGCUGAUCACACACUCAGGCAUGGAUGAGCCUCAGGGCCUUAAGCGAUAGCUUCAGUGCAACUGUCCUAAAGAGCAAUAAUGUAUAAAUUCCCCAUUCAUGGCUUUGAAACCGCUCCGAUCUUCUGCAUGGUCAUUAUUAUAUAUAUUGUAUACUCGAGACUUUAUGAGUAAAAUGUAUUCACGUCUAUAUAUUAACGAGAGAACAAGAUCGCCAAGUUCAUUUUUGGUGCUACCCUUGCAAUAUUGUCAAUACUAUAUAUUGUUUAUUAAAAUGGCAUCACUAAAA